AAACUGACGAGUCGGAGUUUCCCGAGAAAACCUCCUCAGAGCAGACAGCAGCCGGACUCCUCACGGUAUUUAAGGAAAUAUCAGCUGGGAUUGGGUGACACACAUCUUCAGCUCUCAGUUACAGGCAUUAUUUUGCAUCAUAUUUCUGACUUUUGACACCGGAACACGGGCCGCCUGAAACCUCAGCAGAAAUGUCUCAUUCUAAACAACUAAUCAUCCCGUGGCUGCGGACCCAGAUUGACAGCGGCAGGUAUCCUGGUGUCAGGUGGACAAACCCGGAGCGAACAGAGUUCUCCACCCCAUGGAAACACGCCUUAAGACAGGACUCCUCCGACACUGACAUUCUCAUCUUUAAGGCCUGGGCAGAGGUGAGUGGGAAUGGCCGGGCUCACGGAGACCCCUCCGUCUGGAAGAGGAACUUCCGCUCUGCCCUCCGAGCCAAAGGCUUCAAACUGGUCUCAGACAAGAAGAACGAUGCUGCUGAUCCCCAUAAAGUGUUUCGCUGGCCGAGUGAGUCAGGAGCUAACGCUUCUGCUGGAUCCCAGGACCAAGAAGAAGCUGAUUUGUUCGAGGAUUAUCACCUUCCUACACCAGAAAGCCAGGACAUUGCCUGCUUUGAUGACUGUCUCUAUCUUCCAGAAGAGUCUGUGUUUUCAGAAUCUGCCAGCCAUGAUAUUCUCCAGGAGUGUCUCAGAGGAUUGAACAUUGGUCCUGGAACAGAGGGCACCGCAGGCUUUGAGCCUCCUCCUGAGCAACAACAGCUCCAAGACCGGGUUGUGAUUGGUGGACAUGCGUUGCCAGAGCAACAGCAGUAUCCAGUAAUGUGUGAGGGUGCAGUCAGUGAAGCUGGGCUGCCUGAGCAACCGGCACAUCCAAUGGAGGAAGCCGUGGGAGGGGACUGUGAUGAGCAGCUGGUGGAGCAGUUCCUCGAUUCCGUGAACAAGACUCGUGUUGAUGAUAAUUUCAAGACCAGUUUCAAGGUAACGGUGUACUACAGAGGUGUGCAGGUGUCUCAGCAGAUCGUUGAGAAUGAAGUUGGAAUCUGCUUAGUCUACAGGCCCGGACUCUUUGGGACAGUUGUGGAUCCCAAGUCAGGUCUGUCCCUGGUCUCUCUGCCAAGUCCUGGAGUCAUGCCGGAUCAAACCCAAGCAAAUCUGACCCAACGCAUCCUGGACAAGCUGGGCGAUGGUUUGGAUGUGAGAAGGUCGGGCAGUGUGGUCUAUGGCCAGCGACGGGGCGAAAUCAAAGCAUUCUGGAGCUUCACCAAGUUUGACAGGAACAAGGCGCCGCAAGAGAUUUCUAAACUGCAGCCUCAACCUCUGUACAUGUUUAAGGAGUUUUUGCAAGGUAUAUUGAAUUUCAUUGGCGGGAGAGAAUCCCCUCCCUGCUCCUUGUUCUUCUGCCUCGGGGAGAAGUGGCCUGACCCAGACAACAGGCCUUGGGAGAAAAAACUCAUCACAGUGGAGGUGGUGCUGACUUCGUUGGAGAUGCUGAAGGACAUGGCUGUUGUGGGUGGCGCCUCUUCCCUGCAGUCUGUGGAGCUGCAGAUGUCCCUCGAAGAGAUGAUGCAGACGUGCUGACGUAUUCUGCUGUGCCUGAAGAAAGUCAUUGUUUACCCUUUUUCUUUGUAAUCCUUAGCCUUGACAAGAACAUUGCAGAAGUUUUUACGUGUUUUAUGAACAUUUUAUAAAGAAAUUCUACUCCAAAUAGAAUAGAUCAGUUAAUAACUCAUCAAUAAUAGCGCUGGUGGUGGAUUUGCUGGUUUUUAAAUGAUAUCACUCUGGUAUUUUUAAAUUAAAUAAUAAGGAGACUAUGAUCCCUGUGCUCUAAUGUGAGCCUUUUCAGUGAUUUUAUUGGUGCUAGUGUUUUUAAGAAUUCUAACCACAAUUCCAAAAUACUGUUUUCUGAUGCAAAGAAGCUGAAUAAAAGGCUACGUUAUUCUUUUCA